UUUAAAAUCGGUGUCACAAACAGCUGGAAAAGACAAGUUUCUACACAUUUUAAUACAUUUUGUGCGUCACAUUUUACUCUUGAACGCGUCAGGAACACAUUCCCUGCAUGUUGUUGGUGUUUGUGGUACUUCCGGUGGGUUUGUGUGUGUUUUGUGUCCUCUGUGGCUCCGCCCAGACAUUCCUGUGUGUCUGACCGAGGAGAGAAAAGGAGCCUGCUUCUGCUCCAGCUGUCUGUGGACCUGAACCAGAGAGGAGAUGAUCAACAACAACAGCAACAACCACACUCACCAUCCUUCCCUCUGACGCUCUAACCUGCUGGACGUGUUACAUCUUUUUUUAUUCCCCUCGCUCAAGUUUUGUCGGAAACUUUCUUUUCUUUUGGAGGACUUUGGGGCAGAGUUGGUGAUUUCCAGUCGGACCGCAGAGCCACAGAUCCCCGCUGAGCUCCACCAUGGAGAUCCUGGACUCCAGCGAACAGUUCCUGACCUGGGACCGGAACCUGAGCGAGCUGUCCGAGGCCGGAGAGAUCGACUCCGUGCUCUACACCAAUCACUUCUCGGAGCUCCUGGACGACCUUUCCCAGGAUGCUUUGCUGGGCCAGCUGCUCAGCGACCCCUUCCUGUCCGGGGGGAGAGGCGGAGUGGAGGCCAUGGAGGGGGAGGACGGGGGAGACCUGUCCCCGUCCUCCCCUCUCCCCCCUCACAUCACGGCCGAACACAGCUACUCUCUGUGUGGAGACAGCCGGCCUCAGUCUCCACUGUCUCACCUGACCGGAGAGCAGGGCAGCGAGGCAGCAGAGUCUGAUGGUGAGUGGCCCAUGGAGCAGGAGGAAGCCAUGGAGGGCCUCCUCUGUGAGACCCCCUCUCUCCUCCCCACUCUCUCCCUCUCUCUGGGCGAGGGGCCCAAAGCACCCAAGGGCCCCGCCGUGGUCCCCACAGCCUCCCCAGCUCAGACCACAGUGGGCAGUAACCAGACCAAAGGCAUCAAGAUCAAAGAGGAGAACAUCGUCCCUCAGAUUAAACUGGAGCCUCAUGAGGUGGACCAGUUCCUCAACCUGUCACCCAAAGGUCUGGAGGCUCUGCAGAUGCCUCCCACUCCUCCCAGUUCCCACGGCAGCGACUCGGAGGGCAGCCAGAGCCCCGUCCACGCCACCCCCGGUCUGUCCUGCCCCACCUCCCCCACCAGCCCUCCUCCAUCCCAGGCCGGCCUGAAGGUGUCGCCCCGAGCCGCCUCCUCCCUCUCCAACUCCCCCCUGCUCACCGCCCCGCAUAAGCUGCAGGGUUCAGGACCGCUGAUGCUGACGGAGGAGGAGCGUCGGACGCUGGUGGCCGAAGGCUAUCCGGUUCCCACCAAACUACCGCUGACCAAAGCCGAGGAGAAGGCGCUGAAGAAGAUCCGCAGGAAGAUCAAAAACAAGAUUUCAGCUCAGGAGAGUCGCAGGAAGAAGAAGGAGUACAUGGAUGCUCUGGAGAAGAAGGUGGAGACCUGCUCCAAUGAAAACAGCGAACUACGCAGGAAAGUGGAGACGCUGGAGUGCACCAACAAGUCUCUGCUGCAGCAGCUGCAGUCUCUGCAGGCCGUGGUGGCAGGAAAAGUCCCCAAAUCCUGCAGGGUGGCUGGAACCCAGACAUCAUCAUGCUUAAUGGUGGUCGUGCUGUGUUUCGCUCUGUUUUUGGGCAGUUUUUAUCCCAGCGGUUUGACUCCGUGCUCCACCGUCACUGAAACAGGCCUCGCUUCCAAACAGACGGCGGUCAAAGAGUCGUACACGACCACAGUGAAGUCCAGAGGUCUGUUAUCGACCUUCGAAGACGAGCAGCCGCACCUCCUCGGUCUGGGCGGUGAAUAUCCCGACCAAUGGGAGGACACGCCGGCCGUCGUCAUGGCGGCGUGGCGGCGCUCAGAGCAGCAGAAAGUCGGGAUGGAGCCCAGCAGGGCGGAGACACACCCACCUUUCAGGAAUAAAAACAACGAUACGCAGACGCUGCUGGACAUCCACAGGUCUCUGGAGCAGAGGGUGAAUGAGAACAGCAGUAAAGUGAUAGAGCUGGAGCGAACGGUCAACGAGACCUCCUGAGAUCACCAUCAACACCCCCACCAUGACCUCUCCCCUUCUGGAGCGUGGUUCAGUGUCCUAGUUUUACGCCAUCUCUGCUUAAUCAGACACACUGUAAUGGUAGAAAUAUUAAUAAUAAUAAUGAUGAUAAUAAUAAUAAUAUAACAAAAUGGGCACUGGCGGCCCUAAUUUCUGAAGUAAAGUUGCACUGAAUAGUUUUCUCGAUGAGUCAACUUACCUGGUUUAGGUGUUGAAAAUUCACACUGAGAUAAUUUCAAACGGAUCGAGUGAAUAAUGUAGCGCGGCAUUUAUUCCCAUGGAAAUUCUAUUAAAGUAUGACGUGAGGCUUUUUGCAGGACACUGAUGAGGACUUCUGUAUUUAUAGAGACCGUUUUUUUGGUUGUUUUUCAAGAAUUAUUGCUCUUUGUAGCUAUUAAUAUUUUUAUUUCAUUCUAGUAAUGCAUACAUCCCUUUUUGAUACUUGUUUGUGUUCAUACUGUAUUUAGUGUUUUUAUUUUAUUGGACUCUCUUUUAUAUAUUGUUUGUUGUUUUCACGCAUCGAGGGGCUUAGCUCGGGGUUCCUGCGCUCAUUUGGAAAAUCUGACUGAAUAUUUUUACAUGCCAAAGUGUUCAUAUCGGCUGCAAAAGAAUAAAAAAUAUUGUUUGGGUUUGAUGGAAAUAAUGUAGAAUUACUGGCAUUUUACAACAUCACAUUUAGGAUGUUUAUCAGCUGCAUUAGCGUUCAUAUCUUCCAGUUUCAAGGUAAAUACUGACUGAAAUUGGAAAAUCUAAACCCAAAAUGGAUAAGUUUCUUCCAUAUGAGUUCCUAUUUGGCAUGUGGGGACCCUUUUAGCUCGCUAGCUCGCAAGCUUUACAUCUAUGUGUUUUCUCUGUUUAUCUAUGUGCAAGCCAAAAGUCAAUACAUGACACUGCAAAACUAUUAUAUUCUGGACUCUCUGAUGGGUUAUAUCGGUCUAUUUGAACACCAAAUAACAAGAUAUGAAUGAGAAGAUUGAUACCUGCGUGCUAAACAUGAAGCUACAGCCAGCAGGUGGCUAGCCUAGCCUAGCAUAAUGACGGAGGGAAGCAGCUGGUGUGUUUUUGUCCAAAACUAAAAAAACAAGCAGCUGUAAAACUCACUGUUUAACAAAUUCUGUACAUUAACGUGCUAAUGUGUUAAUUUGUAGGCUUUGGAGGUGCUGGAGAUAAUUUUUUAUUGCUAACCAGAGUCAGGCUCGCUGUUAUGUCCAGUCUUUAUGUUAAGCUAAACUAGCCUAGCCUAGCGUAACGACUGAGGGAAGCUGCUGGUGUGUUCUUGUCCAAAACUAAACAAAAAGCUGUUAUCAGCACCUGUAAUUAACAAAUUAUAUACAUUAAUGUGUUAAUUUGUAAGUUUUGGAGGCGCUGGAAAUGAUUUUUUUUUUCUACCAGACAGAGUCAGGGUAACUGUUAUUUCCAUUCUUUAUGUUAAGCUAAACUAUCCUAGCCUAGCAUAAUGAUGGAGAGAAGCAGCUGGUGUGUUUUUGUACAAAACUAAACAAAAAAGCAGCUGUAAAACUCACUAUUUAACAAAUUAUAAUGUGUUAAUUUGUAGGCUUUAGAGGUCCUUGAGAUAGUUUUUUAUUGCUAGCCACAGUUAAGCUAGCUGUUAUUUCCAGUCUUAUUGCUAAGCUGAACUCGCCGCUUCAUGUGUACAGUGUAGGCAUUGUGUGCUGUCAGUCUUCUCAUUGUCUUCUGACCUUGAAAACAGGUAAAAUGUUUCCCAAAAUGUCAAAUAUAGGCCUUUAAUCCAGUGAUCUUUGCCUUGCACACUUCAGCUGUUAGCAGUCUUCCUCUGUUAUUUUUCCAGCAUUUGCCAAAAAUAUUUUUUUCUCCCAGAAAUAGAAAACAAAACUGUCUCUUUUUGUAAAUGUGAGUUGUUAUUAAGUAAGAAAGUCUAAAUGUGUCUGGGAUCUGUAGUUUAUGAACCAAUCCAUAGUUCAUUAUGGCUCUAUUUUGGAUUCUGUGCUGUUGGUAAAUUAUGAACGCAAGAUGCCUUAAAAUUUUUGACUCUCUUUGGGGUUUAGUUUGUUCUUGUUCUUAACUGUCCACUUCAAGUGUAUCACAGAUGGAGUUUUACAUGUCUGAGCUUUAUUGAAACAUGUUCUACAAGCAGUCAGCUGUUUGAUGACAUACAUACAAUUGUGGAAUUGUUUCGUUAGCAGCUGAAGGUAAAUAAAAUUGCCAACAAAAACUGUUGACUAGACUAGAAAACAACAUUUGUACUUAGGUGUCAUGUGUUUAAAGCUUUGCAGAUCAGUGGAUUUAACAUCAAAGAUUUACUGUCAAGUCUGUUUCUUGAUAGGAUGCAUUGACAAUAGCAUUUUUACCAUAUAUUCCUCACUGUGAAGCUGUAAGAUCAUAGGAAACACAAGAUAAACAUGCUGAUUUUAUUUAGAUUCUUUUUUAAAUGAAAAAUUCUUCUCUAGUUCCACCUGAAACUGUCAGCCAGAGGAAAGAAUUUUUCAGAUCACAUUUCAUUUCUUUGCUCCUGUGUAAAGGCAGCCUGGAAGAGGCUUUCUGUCUUCUUGCUUUCAAAUAAAUAUUAAGUAUUUUCCUUAGUAAAAGCAGCAAAAAACAU